AUGAAUGGUUUGGAGAGUUGGGUUGCGAGUAUAUUGUCCAAACAUGACAUGCCAGAUGAUGUGUUCACCACAAUAGGUACUCUAGAUAACCUUUACAUCUCUUCCUUUGGCAGUUGGAAAGAUACCAGAUAUGCCAAAAAUCCUGCUCUGAAAGCUAGUGGUCCCCUCUCCAUAGCAGUUCCAGGGGAACUUGCUGGCCUUCACAAAGCUUGGAAAUCAUACGGAAAGCUUCCAUGGAAGAGACUUGUAAUUCCAGCUGAGAACCUAGCUCGUAAUGGAUUCAAGAUUUCACCAUUCCUCUACACGCAGAUGGUUAAAACUGCACCACAAAUAAAGGCAGAUAAGGGACUUCGUGAGAUAUUUGCACCGGGAGGGAUCCUUUUGAAACCAGGCGACAUCUGCCGCAAUAUAAAUCUAGCAAAUACACUUGGAAAAAUUUCAAAAUAUGGCCUGAACAUCUUAUAUAAUGGAUCAAUUGGAUCCAAUAUUGUUGCAGAUGUUCACAAGGCUGGAGGGAUACUGACAAUGGAGGACUUGCAGAAGUAUCAAGUGAAACUACGAGAACCGAUUUCCGCAGGCAUCAUAGGGCUAAAAGUACUUGGUAUACCUCCUCCUUCCUCUGGGGGUGCUGCGAUGGUGCUUAUAUUGAACUUGCUUGCCCAAUAUGGGCUUCCUCUGAAUGUAUCUGGCCCACUUGGUAUCCAUAGGCACAUUGAAGCUUUGAAACAUGCAUUUGCUAUGAGGAUGAAUCUUGGUGAUCCAGAUUUUGUUAAUGUAAAAGAAGUUCUAUCCGAUAUGCUCUCUACUAACUUUGCAUCUGGGCUAAAGCAAACGACAUCUGAUAAUGUUACUUCCAGAGCCAGUCACUAUGGUGGCAGGUGGAAUCAGAUCCCUACCCAGGUCACCUCUCCCUUAUUAACUGACCAGGGCACCACUCAUAUAUCUAUUGUAGAUCGUAAACGAAAUGCUGUGUCCUUGACUACAUCUAUAAACUUCUUCUUUGGAUCGCGAUUUCUAUCACCAAGUACUGGGAUUCUCCUUAACAAUCAGAUGAAUGAUUUUUCUGUCCCUGCUGGCAAUACACCAGCAGCAGCUGCUGCAAAUUUCAUCCUUCCUUCCAAAAGGCCAUUGUCAUCUAUGUCACCCACCAUUGUCCUAAAGGGGGAACGCCUGAAAGCUGUUUUCGGCGCAAGUGGGGGAGCCUUGAUAAUUGCUGGGACUACCGAGGUAUUCCUGAACCAUUUUGCUAACAAACUGGAUCCACUCUCUUCUGUCCUGGCUCCGAGAUAUUAUCAUCAGUUGAUUCCUGGUGUGCUGUAUUAUGAAAAUUGGACAACUGUGACUCAUGACCACAUUGAAGUUCCUGCAAAGACGAGGAUAGCUCUACGAAAGAAGGGUCAUGUCCUGCGAAGCCUUGCUCGUGGGAGUGUUUGUCAAUUUGUUGUUCAAAAGUUGGGGCCUUUGAAGCUUGGGGAGCUUGUUGCUGUAAGUGAUCCAAGAAAGGGUGGAUUUCCAGCUGGUUUCUGAGUUUGUAUAAAGGGGUUUUAAAGAAUCCAAGUAAUCAAUUUCUCCAUUUGGUCAUAUUCAACAUGUUUGUCUUUGUUUUCUUUUUAGGUGGAUUGAAAAUGAAUUAGUGAAGUGUCCAAGUUUUAGUUAGGUGAGUUCUCAAGUAAGAUUGAGAUCCGCAUGCUCUUUCUGUGCAUUUGACAUCAUUUUUGUAAGUGCAAGUUGCAUGCCUUGGAAAAGAAAAAAAUUUGUGGUGCAUUGACUGCUAAGAGCCGGAAUGCAAGAAAA